AUGGUUUUGCAGAAGAUGGAAAUCAUCUUUAGGGUUUUGAGCGGCCUGGCCUGGCCUUGCCGGCAGCCCAGAGAUUUGUCAUCCGGGUCAGCGCUAGGCAUCCGCCCCGCGAUCCUCGGCUACGACUUCUGUGGAAAAGUGCUCACCACUCCACCAGACUCCCAUUUCCGCCCCGGAGACAUCAUCGCCGGAUACACUCCCACCGGCAUCGGCCGCCCAGCCAAAUACGGCACCCACCAGUCCUACACCGUCUGCCCGGAAGGCAUGGCCUUCCUCGCCUCCGUAGCCGGCCAGCGUGAUCCGGGGUUCAAGAAGGUCUUUGCGAUGAGAAAUAGAGAAGUUGUCAUCCAUCCUGAUGUUCUGCCGCGGCCGAUUGUUGUUCCGGCGAGGGAGGAGGAUCAUCGCCGUGCGUAG